AUGAACGGAAUUCGCUUUCAUAUUGGAUCAGAAAAGAUUCAAAUAGUUGAGUGUCCAAAUACUUUUUCAGCCUUAUGCUGCUUACUCUCCUUUUUAAGCGAAUAAAUUUAUUUUGCAUCAGGUAAAGAGUAGAUUUUGAUUAGGGGUCUCAAUUAUCAAUAUUUAAAAGUAAAAUUAAUUUAAUUGUGCUUUAUUAUUUAUCUGUAUAAAAUUAAAUAGAAUUAGAGAUAUUUCAUCUUCACAAUCAUCAUUUUAAACCAUUUUAUUUUGAAGCGUUUAAUUUUUCUAGGAGGAGGGAUUUUUCGAUAUUGCCCCAGCUUAAAAGGGAAAGUUAGUAGAGCAGAAUGUGCCUCACUAUCAAAUCUCCCAAAUCACAUAUGAAGACACGGAUGGCGAUUUUAUUGCUAUCAAAAAUGAUGACGACCUUGUUGAAGCCAUAAAAAUAGGUAAAAAAAUCAAUGGAGUUUUACUUAUCCAUCUCAAAGGCACGAUCUUGACUCAAAGCUUUAUGACUCAGAGCACCAAAGGAAAAACACUUUCUGAUGUUGAGAUAAUUGAAGAAGAGUGUCAAGACUCUCAAACAUCCCAAUCAUCGUGUGAAAUAGAUUUCCUAUUCCCUUGCUAUGCUUGUGAUGGCAAAUUUGAGAAAUGCUCGCUAUGCUCUGGAAGUGGAUUGGUUGAUGCAAGCCGAGACCCUAAGCUUAAACAAAUAUUGCAAAGCGAAAUCGAAAAUUAUUUUCCAAGAGUUAAACAAUCUGCAGAAAACAAUAAAUCAGAGAUCGUUCAGGAGAGGGUAACGUGCGAUAGCUGUGGGGUCUCCCCAAUUAUUGGACAUCGAUAUAAAUGCUCGGUUUGCCAAAACUUCGAUUUUUGUAGUAAAUGUGAAGCAAGUGUAGAUCACGAACAUUCGUUUAUCAAAAUCCGUGCCCAGUAUCAGGCACCAAAAUCUAUUUUCUGCGCUAUUGACGAGCAAGAGCCGAAGCCAAAGCCAAAAGCUGGACUAAAAUGUUUCAAAAAGCAAUGCACUCAAGAUACCAGACUGCUUUGUUCCUUUGUAAAAAAUAUUUCUGGUUCUGACAGUGAUGAAGUCAUUGCAGGAACGAACUAUACCAAGACUUGGAGACUUCGUAACGACGGUAAAAACUCUUGGCCAGCCGGCUGUACACUUGUCUGCAUUAAAGGUAACGCUAUUGAAGGAGCUACUCCUCUCCCACCUUUAAAGCCAAACGAAGAAGCAGACAUUACAGUAACCUUCACUGCUCCUACAGAAGAAGGAAGAUACACAUCAUUUUGGAGAGCUGCAGACCCUGCAGGCACCAAAUUCGGCCAAAGAGUGUGGUCUACCAUUCUAGUAAUCAAGCCAAAAGACCAACUGGGUGAAAAAACCCAAGCCCUCAUUGAAAUGUUCAACAACCCUGAACUUGUAAAACUUGCUUUACAAAAAGCUGGAGGCGAUUUAAUGAAAGCCACUGAGGCUUUAUUGAACGGAAGUGUCCUCUAA